UCUAUGCAUCGAUGUUUUUCCGACAUCCCUAUUUUAAAUAUCAUAUCUUGUCAACACGUGCAACGGCCGGAAUACAAAAAAUUCUUAUUUUUCGCUUAGAUUUAAAAACAAAUCGACAUGUCUUUAAUGCGGAUUAGAAAACCGAAAACUCGCAAGGGUAAAAAAAUAUUGGUGGCGCGGGAGCCGCAGCUUAUAGAGUCCACUCGUAAUAUGCUCUUUGUCGAUGGACGCAAAUGUGGCGGAGAUAUAAAAUCAUGCAUGAAGGACCUGCAACAACUGCGCAAGCCUCUGCUAAAAGUGCUAAACCGUAAAAAUGACAUUACACCUUUUGAUGACCCUUCUUCUUUGGAAUUUUUGACUAUGAAAAAUGAUUGUGCUCUUUUUGCAUUUGGCUCAACGUCUAAAAAGCGCCCAAAUAAUUUGGUACUUGGACGCAUUUUUGAAAAUGAGGUGUUGGAUAUGAUAGAAUUGGGUAUAAAACAUUACACGGCAAUGUCGGAGUUCAAAACCGAAAAAAUUGGAACAAACGUUAAACCAUGUUUAAUAUUUAAUGGGCCACGUUGGAAUCAAACUGAGGAAUUGCGUCGUUUUCGGAAUUUGCUUAUAGAUACAUUCCAUAAGGAUAAAGUGGACGCUAUUCGUCUCCAGGGAAUUGAACAUGUUAUAAGCUUCACAUGUACCGAAGAUUUGGCCAUUCUGAUGCGAUCCUAUAAGAUAAUGCUGAAAAAAUCUGGCCAAAAGACCCCGCGCAUUGAACUAGUAGAAAUUGGACCUUCUGCAGAUUUUUCGAUCCGACGCACAAAAAUUGCAUCGGAGGAUCUGUACAAACAGGCAAGAAAGCAGCCUAAACAAUUGCAGCCAAAGAAGAAGAAGAACCUUACUUUCGAUGAACUGGGAAAUACACAUGGUCGUGUGCAUUUGGGAAAACAGAAUGUGACGAAGAUACAAACGCGUCGCGUGAAGGGUUUGAAGAAAACUCCGGAGGAAAAACGAGAGAGCAGACAAAAGAAAAAAGAAUUGAUAAAAGCAGCCGCUCGAGAGCUAUUAAACAAUACAGAAUAGUAUGUGCAUAUAAUUUUUAUAUUCUAGAUUUUAAUAAAAGUUUUAAAAUUGUAUUCACAUA